AUCGAUGUAGAAGGGGUGAUUAAAUUCUUCCCCGCCCCCGCGACCACUCAGUAGAUGCGCGCUCCCUCUCGCACACUCUCGAACCUAAAACGUGCUUCCUCGGCCGCCAAGGUCUACUAGGCGCACUCGCUGCUCGACGACACCACAGUCGCGGUAAAAGCCAUCGACAAGUCCAAGACGGUCAACGCCGCCAUGGAGCCCCGCAUCGUGCACGAGAUUCACGCCAUGCACCGCCUCCAGCACCACCCUAACAUCCUCAAAAUCCACAAAGUCCUUGCCACCAAGACCAAGAUCUACCUCAUCGUGGACUUCGCCGGUGGCGGCGAGCUCUUCUCCAAGCUCUCCCGUCGCGGCCGCCUCCCAGAGUCCCUCGCGCCCCGCUACUUCACUCAGCUCGUCUCCGCGCUCCGCUUCUGCCACCGCCACGGUUAUAAGUUGGUGAUGAACGCUUUUGACAUAAUCUCCAUGUCCUCGGGGUUGGACUUGCGAGGGCUGUUCGAAACGACGUCGGAUAAGGGGAGGCGGGGGGAGAAACGGUUCACUUUCGAUAAGAGUGUGGAGACUGUCGAGACGAAGGUGAAGGAGGUUGGCUUGAAUUUGGGGUUUAGGGUUGAGGUUGGGAAGAAUGGUGUGAUUGGGUUGGGAUGGGACACUGUCGUCCGAUUUUCUUCCUACAAUGAAAUUCUAGGGGAGGGGUUCUUUGCUGACUUUGCUCAAGUUGCUGAUGAUGAGAGCCGCCAGUUCUCUUGGUGUGCACAGAGGCUAGCUGAGUUGGGUUUUAAAUAUGGUGAUAUGCCAGCCCACAAUUUGCUAUGGAGGGAAUGUGAGAAAUCAUCAGACAAUGUUGCUGCAUGUUUGGCUGUGAUCCCAUUAGUCCAGGAGGCUAGAGGACUUGAUGUUGGGCCACGCCUGGUGAAAAAAUUAGUUGGCUUUGGAGAUAAUAGGACAUCUAAGAUUGUGGCUAGAAUUGCUUGCUACUAAACUAUUAGUUGAAGAUUGUCGGAAUCGGGGGAUUGCAUUUCGCCUGGGGGCUGUUCUACGUGACAUUCUUAACAAGUUUUUGUCGGAUGAUGUCCAUAUAAGAUCUAAUGGGAGAGUUCGAGUUGCUGUGACACAACUUCUUUGGAGACCCAGAGGUUUAUUGGUAGAUCAGUUUGAUUCCAAGGAAGAUCUCAUCAAUGCAGUUUUUACUUCUUCCUUUAUUCCAGGGUGAUUUAUAUCUUGCACCAAGGCCAGCAACGAUGUUUCGAAAUCGACUAGGCAUUGAUGGGGGUUUGACAUUGUUUAUGCCACCGACCUCUGCUGCACAAACGGUGAAACUACAGUGGCUAUAACAGAACAAAGACGUGUUCGUGCUUAUUGCUUUGUUCUGUUGCAUUGAUAGACUUAUAUUGUUGCAUUUCUGGUACACUGUUGGUUCCAUUGGUUGUUAUUCUAAAUACCUGGUAUAUUGUUGCAUUUAGAGGUAAUUUUUUAUUGGUUCCAUUAGUUUUUAUAGUAUGUGUGGUAUCUUUAUGCCAAAACUAGCAAUACACAUAUUUUAGUAUUUGGCUACAUGGUUUGUAGCAUGAUUUCUGUUGCAAUUUUUGCUAUAGGUGGCUGUUUUGUUGGUUCAUACUCUUUGGUUGCAUGGUUUACAACAUGAUUUCUACUGUAGUUUCUGGUUAAAAUGGUUGUUUUGUUGGUUCAUGGUCUUUAGUUGCAUGGUUUGUAGCAUGAUAUCUACUCAAUUUCUAGUUUGGGUAGUUAUGUUGUUGUUUCAUAAUCUUUGGUUGCAUGGUUUGCAACAUGAUUUCUACUACAAUUUUUGGUUUGGCUAGAUGUUUUGUUAGUUUAGUUCUAGUUUUGUUUUUCUAGGGCUUGAGUGGACUGGGUUAGGAACUAGUUGGCUGCUAUACAUCUUUAGUUUGGUGUUGCUAUUAUGGUUUUGGCUUGAUGGAGUUGUUGAUUCAUAGUUCUAGUUUUGAUUGUGGGUGGGUUAUGUUGUUGGUUGCAUUAAUUAGCUGGUUUGUUUUGGUCCCUGAUUGAUCUGGUCAUAGGUGUUUAGAAUUGUCAUUAUGAUUUAAUAUAUGUGAUAUAUAUUUUUCUUAACUAAGUUAUUUUGCUUUU